ACAGCACUGAAUGCCUUCGUGUGUAGCUACAAGAGAAAAGCUUGGACUGACUCAAAAACUCUGGCCAAUCCCGAGUCACAUGACUCCGCCACCGGCAGCGAUAGAGAGCGCAAAAGGGACGCAGAGCCUCGGUAUUUGCGAGCCCGCACACCACCAAUCCUCCACCGCUAUACGCCCAAUUUCUUUUUAAUUGAACCCUUUUACUCGCUCGCAGGCAUUGCUGCAGGACUAGGAUGACUGGGAAGACCCAGACCAGCAACGUGACCAACAAGAAUGACCCGCGCUCCCUCAACUCCCGCGUCUUCAUUGGCAACCUCAACACGGCCGUGGUAACCAAGGCCGACAUCGAGGCCAUCUUUGCCAAGUACGGCAAGAUUGUGGGCUGCUCGGUGCACAAGGGCUACGCCUUCGUUCAGUACGCCAGUGAGAGGAACGCCAGGGCAGCCGUGGGAGGGGAGAACACCAGGGUCAUUGCCGGACAAUCACUAGAUAUCAACAUGGCAGGAGAGCCAAAACCAUACAGGCCUAAGAUGGGUUCCAAGAGGCCUCUCUCAUCCCUCUACAGUGGCUACGAGUUUGACUAUGACUACUACAGAGAUGAUUUUUACAGCAGACUCUUUGAGUACCACGGUCGUGUCGUGCCGCCAACCCGGGCUGUGAUCCCCAUCAAACGUUCGCGGCUAGUUGUUCCGUCCACACGCAGAGCCAAAACCUCCUUUCCAGUCAGGACCUGUUCUUCCUCUUCCUCCUCCUCCUCUACCUCCUCCCGAGCGCUCAAUGUCAGCUCUUCCAUCACAGCCCCUAAAUUGAAGACAGACCAGCUCGUAACAAUCAAAAAGGAGCUGUCACAGAUUAAGACCAAGAUCGACUCACUGCUGGGAAGGCUGGAGAAGAUUGAGAGGCAACAUCGCUCUGAUGCUGAGAUGCAGAGGAAACAAGAGGAGGUGUGUGAGUGUCUCCAUGGUGAUGCAGCAGGCCACUCUGGUGGAGAGGAAGCAGAAGGGACAAUCGAGGUGGAGGCGGGGGAGAUGACGGACGGCGGCGAAGACGACUAUGAAGAUGAAGGCACCAGCGAUAUGAUGGAGAACCACAUAUCGGACAUUGACAACUGAGUAAGUUGGGGGGAAAAGGAAGUCCAUAGUGCAAGAAGUUGGGAGAACAGAUACCAGCAAAACCUUCUUGAUCAAGAGGGUGUAUUUGAAAUUAAAGGAAAGCAGUGACUGGAGUGACUGACUGCAGAGGGAGAGUUUUUCAGACUUGUUUGUUGCUUGUUUGCCUCAUUAGAACAUGACACUCCUGAUGUGUACUUCAUGGAAAUGCUGGUUAUGAAUAUUCUCCAGACUACUCCAAGAUCAACUGCAGAGGGCAAUCAAUAAUUUCCCUUCAAGCCAAUUGCCUCUGACAAAAUAUGGACAAUAUAUUGUGUGCUUAAUAUAUUAUGGUCUGUAUUGUGCAUAAAAAUACGGUUUACGUGAUCAGUCAGAUGAACCAUGAAAUGCCCUCCUUUUGUUGUACUGCAAAUGUACCUUUUGUUCUGUUUCUGUGAAAACUGUGACGAGCCACGACGCUGGCAGAGAGCUAAAUCUGAAUGUAAGAGGAACACAUUUUCUUUGACACUUGAUAAUUAUGUGAUUUGUUUUCUUCGUACAUUUUGUUAAAAUGUACAGUAUGUAAUUUAUUCACCAACGUCUCCACACAGUAAUGUAUGCAUCUCAUGUUCUUCAUUUGUUAUACAUGAUAAGAUGCAUUUUGAAUUCUGUUUACAUUCUGUUUACGGUAAACAAAAGAUGACUAUUUUUUACUAUCAGCAUGUUAAAAAUGUGGCUAUUAUGGAUCAUUUGUAUUCAUUGCAUCUGUUGUACAGCUAUGGAUGAUAACAGUUUUUUGAAAUAAACCCGUUCCUCCCAAAUGAAAAAUAAAAU